AUAAAAUGUGCAUAAACCGAGCUAACGGCCAGAGUGAGACUUGCAGGAGGUUGUGCGGUGAAUGGAAACCAACGCCAGAGAAAACAGCACACCGACAAGGCGUUUAUGAACAUGAUGCCAACCCAGAAACAAAACAGAGAUGAAGCGUAAAAACGAGAGAAGGAAGCGUUGGGAGCCGAAGAAAAAAAGACCCGUCGUGAAACGCGGAGAAUUGGAGGAGCUGACGGCUGAUGUUUACAUUUGUAUCACAGAUCGUCUGUAUUUUGCCAUUCUUCACCAGAAACCCAGAAGUACUUCAGAAAGGCACUACUUCUGCAUAGAUGAAGAGCUUGAAUAUGAAAACUUCUAUGCAGAUUUUGGACCUCUUAACCUGGCCAUGUUUUAUCGCUAUUGCUGUAAGCUGAAUAAAAAGUUAAAGUCCUUCACACUUGGAAAAAAGAAAAUUGUUCACUACACUUGUGGUGACCAGAAAAAACAGGCUAAUGCUGCUUAUCUUAUAGGCUCAUAUGCAGUAAUGCACUUGAAGAAAACCCCUGAAGAGGCUUAUCGGCUUUUGGUAUCUGGAAACACCUCCUACUUGUCUUUUAGAGAUGCUUCUUUUGGCACUUGCACAUACAAUCUAAACAUCCUUGACUGUUUACAUGGAGUCCAUAAGGCUCUGCAAUAUGAUUGGCUUGACUUCUCUGACUUUGAUGUUGAGGAGUAUGAACAUUAUGAGAGAGCAGAAAAUGGAGACUUUAAUUGGAUAAUUCCUGGGAAGUUUUUAGCCUUCAGUGGACCACAUCCAAAAAGCAAAAUUGAAAAUGGCUAUCCUCUUCAUGCACCUGAAGCCUACUUCCCUUACUUCCGAAAACACAACAUCACCACAAUAGUUCGUCUAAACAAGAAAAUGUACGAUGCCAAGCGAUUUACUGAUCUAGGUUUUGAGCACCACGAUCUUUUCUUCGUUGACGGAAGUACACCGAGUGAUGCCAUAGUCAAGAAGUUCAUAAAUAUCUGUGAAAAUGCUGAGGGUGCCAUUGCUGUUCAUUGCAAAGCUGGUCUUGGCCGAACGGGUACUCUAAUAGGAUGCUACAUGAUGAAGCAUUACCGGUUAACUGCAUCUGAAACCAUUGCAUGGAUAAGAAUCUGUAGACCAGGUUCAGUCAUUGGACCCCAGCAAAAUUAUGUGCAAGAAAAACAAGCUAGCCUGUGGGCAGAAGGAGACAUCUACCGUGCAAAAAUGAGAGAAAGACAAAAUGGAACUAGCAAGGUUGCAGUCACAAGAAUCUUAUCGGGGGUCGAUGACAUUUCAAUUAACGAUAACACAAACAGCAUGAGUGCAAAACUGGAAAUAGAACUGUAUAAUGACGAAGAUGAACGGAAUAGUAUAACUCAAGGGGACAAACUACGUGCUCUGAAAAGCAAGAGGCAAGUUCGAGCAUCAACGGGAUCAUUGACGCAAACUAUAGUAAAAUGCUGCAGUCUCCUCAGUGCUAUUUGGGCUGAAUGUUGUCGCGAUUUGAAAAGAUAACACAGCUUUCUCCAUUGGUGUCGGAGCAGAGAAUAAUAAAUAUAUAUAUAUAUAUAUAUAUAUAAGUAUUUUAAAGGUAAGUGGAAUUUAAUAUUUUUUUUGCAGCUGAUCUUGAGUGUUGCAUGGAUGAGGUGUUUAAUUGCUAUGUAAGGGACUACUUAGGUAGUAUGCAUUUUAAGAUUUGUAUGUUCAUUUUAUUUCACAGCUUAAAGAAACAGGGAAGGCCCUUAUAGCCAAUUAUAUGAGGAUAAAAUUGUAGUUUUAACAUUGCAUGUUUAGAAAAAUAGCAUAUUCUUAAAAAAAUGAUCACUGUGACAAGAGACAAGUCUGACCACGUUUUGAUACCCUGUGUCAGAGGCAGGGUUCCUAAUAGAAUUAAACGCGUGUGUCUUGGUUGGCUAAUCCUGGGUCUGUUUCUUAAUCUUAAAUGUUUCUCUUCAAAUUUGUACUACAAUUAUGUAUUUUUGUAUCCUUUUUGACAUUGAAUAAAUCUGUACUGAUAAUGAGUGAAAAUCUAUUGAGUGGUAAUGUCCCAUACUGUGAACAGUGUGUGGUAAUGCCAUCCGUUUAAUUAACUGCCUGAUCAUUAACCUAGUUGUGGAAUUUAAGUGACUUUAUAUAAAGAUUAUUCAAUAUUGAGAAGAUUCCUCAGCCUUGAAGAAUCUUUUCAGGAGCUUUUUUUUUUUUCUCUCUGUACAUUUCUGUAAGUAUGGCUAUUGAUCUGAGCAGAAACAGAGAAUCGUACAAAACACACAUACUGGGACGUUAAACAAGUACACAAUUUCAAAUCUUGAAAAAAUGUGGAUAUUAAAAAGCACCCUAUUAAUGGUCUCUUGCUUCAUAAGUGUACAUGUUUAUGAUUGCAAUGUAGGCCUAAUUUAUGUAUAUGGGUUGUUCCGGAGUAAGAGAAUAUAGCAUUAGUCUAAUCUCCUCUUUUUUUUAUUUUUUGUCUGUACAAUCUUUUUUUUUUUUAAUUUUACAUGAACUAAUCACCACAUUUUGACACCACUUUGAUAUUUAGGACUUCCUAGUAUCCAAUUCAAAAUGUGCAUACCUGUAAAAAUAAAUCAUGUAGCCAUGUGUUUGUCCAGAAGUGACAGGUGAAAUGGUAAAAGCUGUUGCUUAAUUUAGAGAGACACAACAGUUGCUGACCUUUGUAUUACAAAGCGCAUGUAUCGAUGAUGCUCCCUGAAUUAUAACUUUGGAAGAAUUUAAGAUCCGCGAGAAGUGAAGAUAAUAAAUUAAAGUGACAUCCGUUCAGAUUAAAUACUCAAAGCCUUUUACAUCUAAGGAACUGGAUGUUCUCAAAUUGAGGUUUAAAAUUAAACUUAAUUUUGCUUUUAAACAUUGUUUUUUUUGUAAUUCACUUGUUCCACUGACGUCCGUUGCACUGCCAAUUGCUAAUUUAAUCAAGAAAACAAAUGUAUUUAAGUGCAUCAGUGUAAUUUUAUAUGCAGUAUGUUUUUUUAGUUUUAUUAUUAAACUUGCAAAGCAUGUGGAAUGAACAAUGUCGUAAUUUCCUAAUGCUGAACAAAACAAUAGUCAAGAUAUCAAAAUUAAAACAUCAAUUUAAACAUCUGUGCAUUUUGAAAUUUCACACCUAUGUCAGUCUUGAUUUGGUUUCAUCUGUGCAACAAGUUUUUUUUAUUUCUU